AAGAAGGGAGAUCAGAGAAUCCCUCCCUCUCUUCCCUCCACUUCCCAUGGCUUCCUUCCCCUCCGAUCUCAAACCCUAACCCUAACAAAAUUCGGAUCCAACGAUUGCCGAUCCGAUCUGAUCUCUUCUGGCGUCCGCCAUGGCGUCUGCGCAGCCCCUGGGGGGCUCGUCUCGCGCCGGCCGCGUCCUUGGUCCCGGCCUCGACAAGGUCAUCAAGAACGCCGCCUGGAGGAAGCACUCCAACCUUGUCGCCGCCUGCAAGGCGGCACUCGACCGCCUCGAUGCCGUCACCGACUCCGAUGACUCUCUCGCCUCCCCCCUCCUCGGCCUCUCCACCUCCGACGCCGACACUGUCCUCCACCCCCUCGCCCUCGCCAUCGACGCCGCCUCCGCCAAGGUUGCCGAGCCCGCUCUCGAAUGCGCCCAGAAGCUCUUCUCCCACGGCCUCAUCCGCGGCGAGAUCGACCACCGAUCCGAGGGCGACAACCACCACCUCCACGCCGCGUCCCGCCUCGUCGGAUCCAUCUGCGGGUGCGGCGGGCUUGGCGAGGACGCGAUCGAGCUCGCCAUGCUCCGCGUCCUCAUCGCUGCUGUCCGGUCGCCUGUCGUGCUGAUCCGCGGGGAGUGCCUGGCCCAGAUCGUCAAGAGCUGCUACAACGUGUACCUCGGUAGCCAGAGCGGGGCCAAUCAGCUGUGCGCCAAGCUGGUUCUGGCUCAGAUCCUGGCCAUCAUGUACGCCCGGGUGGAGGUGGAUGCGAUGGAGGUCGGGGUUCGCUCGGUGUCGAUCGCUGAUAUGUUGGAUCUCUCCGACAGGAACUUGAAUGAUUCGAGUCUGGUACACGCUGCACAGAAUUUCAUCAAUGAGGCGAUGGAAGGAAGCGAAUCUGAUGCGCUUCCACUAAAGGUACAGAAAACGGAUAGGGAGGUGAAUGGGGGAGUUGAUUCAGGUGAAUUGAGUAAAAUUAGGGAGGAUGGGCUGUUCCUGUUCAAGAACUUGUGCAAGCUUUCCAUGAAGUUCUCGACACAGGAGAAUCCAGAGGAUCCUCUUUUGCUGAGGGGGAAAGUUUUGUCUUUGGAGCUGCUGAAGAUGGUAAUUGACAAUGCUGGAUCACUUUGGCGAACAAACGAGAGGUUUCUUGGGACGAUCAAGCAGUACCUCUGCUUAUCAUUGUUGAAGAAUAGCGCUUUAUCUGUGAUGAGUAUCUUUCAGCUUCUAUGUUCGAUUUUCUUGGGCUUGUUAAGGUUUAGAUCUGGGCUGAAAGAGGAAAUUGGAAUUUUCUUUCCUAUGCUUGUCCUACGCAUUCUUGAAAAUGUGCUUCAGCCUAGUUUCUUGCAAAAAAUGACAGUUCUCAACCUGUUGGAAAAGAUCUGUCAGGAUCCACAGAUGAUUAUUGAUAUUUUUGUGAACUAUGACUGUGACGUGGAUGCACCAAACAUUUUUGAGAGGAUUGUCAAUGGUCUUCUGAAGACUGCUCUAGGUGUGCCUUCUGGAUCUGUAACAACAUUGUCCCCAGCACAGGAUAAUACAUUUCGCAUUGAGUCAGUCAAGUGCCUAGCUGGUAUCAUAAAGUCAAUGGGUGCAUGGUUGGAUCAGCAAUUGAGAAUUGAAGAUUUUUCUCCAAGAAGUGCUGAAACUGAUUAUUCGAUAGAAAAUAGUAGCUCAUUCACUGGAGAAGAAGGAAAUGGAUUUGACUAUGAGCUGCAUUCUGAUACCAAUUCUGAAUUAUCAGAUGCUACCACAUUGGAGCAACGACGGGCUUAUAAAAUAGAAUUUCAGAAGGGUAUCUCGCUAUUCAAUAGGAAACCUUCGAAAGGUAUUGAAUUUCUGAUUAACACCAAGAAGAUAGGUGCUGCUCCGGAGGAUGUAGUUUCAUUCCUGAAAAACACCACUGGGUUGAAUCAAACAAUUAUUGGUGACUAUUUGGGUGAAAGGGAGGAGUUCCCUUUGAAAGUUAUGCAUGCAUAUGUGGAUUCAUUUGAUUUUGAACGUAUGGAUUUUGGUGAAGCCAUUAGGUUUUUCUUACGGGGCUUUAGGUUGCCUGGUGAAGCACAGAAAAUUGAUCGCAUCAUGGAGAAGUUCGCAGAACGCUACUGCAUAUGCAACCCUAGUUCUUUUACCAGUGCAGAUACUGCAUAUGUUCUUGCUUAUUCUGUGAUAUUGCUAAAUACAGAUGCACACAACAACAUGGUCAAAGACAAGAUGUCUAAAACUGAUUUCAUUCGCAAUAAUCGAGGAAUAGAUGAUGGAAAGGAUUUACCAGAAGAUUAUUUGGGUUCCUUGUAUGAUCAAAUAGUGAAACAUGAAAUAAAAAUGAAUGCUGAUUCCUCAGCUCCACAGAACAAGCAGAUAAGCAGUAUCAAUAAGCUUUUGGGCUUGGACAGUAUUUUCAGCUUAAUCAAUUGGAAGCAAUCAGAAGAAAAGGCUUUAGGUGCAAAUGACUUACUCAUUAAGAAUAUCCAGGAGAAAUUUAAAGCAAAGAGUGGGAAGUCAGAGUCUGUGUUCUAUGCUGUCAGUGAUACAGCUAUUCUGAGAUUUAUGAUGGAGGUUUGCUGGGCCCCAAUGAUGGCUGCUUUCAGUGUGACACUAGACCAAAGUGACAAUAAGGCUGCUACAUCUCAUUGUUUGCAGGGUUUCCGAUAUGCUGUGCAUGUCACCUCAGUAAUGUGUAUGCAAACGCAGAGAGAUGCUUUUGUUACAUCUGUAGCCAAAUUUACAUACCUUCACUCUGCUGCUGACAUGAAGCAGAAGAAUGUUGAUGCUGUGAAGGCUAUAAUAUCGAUAGCCAUUGAAGAUGGUAAUUAUUUACAAGAAGCAUGGGAGCAUGUAUUGAUGUGUCUUUCACGAUUUGAACAUUUACACCUGCUGGGAGAGGGUGCUCCUCUUGAUGCUUCAUUCUUUACAGUAUCUCUCAUGGAGUCAGAGGAAAAGUCACAGAAGUCUCCUACCAUUCCACCCUCAAAGAGAAAAGGAAAUGCCCUUCAAAAUCCAGCUGUAAUGGCUGUUGUCCGAGGGGGUUCUUAUGAUAGUGCAUCAGUUGGAGUUAAUGCUUCAGCAUUGGUUACUCAAGAACAGAUUAAUAAUUUUAUUUCAAAUUUAAAUUUACUGGACCAGAUUGGAAGUUUCGAGCUAAACCACAUAUUUGCUCAUAGCCAGAGAUUGAAUGGUGAUGCAAUAGUAGCUUUUGUAAAGGCUCUUUGCAAGGUUUCUAUCGCAGAAUUGCAGUCUCCUACAAAUCCUCGUGUUUUCAGCCUUACAAAAAUUGUAGAAAUUGCGCAUUAUAAUAUGAACCGCAUUCGAUUGGUGUGGUCUCGCAUGUGGAGUGUUUUGUCUGACUUUUUUGUCUCAGUUGGGUUGUCUGAAAAUCUUUCAGUUGCAAUAUUUGUGAUGGAUUCAUUGCGACAGUUGGCUAUGAAGUUUCUGGAGAGAGAAGAAUUGGCAAAUUAUAACUUUCAGAAUGAAUUCUUGAGACCUUUUGUGGUGGUUAUGCAGAAAAGCAGUUCUUCAGAAAUCAGGGAACUAAUUGUUCGAUGUAUUUCCCAGAUGGUUUUGAGUCGCGUAAAUAAUGUAAAAUCUGGCUGGAAAAGUGUUUUUACGGUUUUUACCACUGCUGCUGCCGAUGAACGUAAAAAUAUUGUUCUAUUAGCUUUUGAGACGAUGGAGAAAAUAGUUCGUGACUACUUUCCCUAUAUAACUGAGACAGAGACCACAACAUUCACUGACUGUGUUAAGUGUCUCAUCACAUUCACGCACAGCAGAUUCAAUAGCGAUGCCAGCCUUAAUGCUAUUGCAUUUCUUCGGUUCUGUGCUGUUAAACUUGCAGAAGGAGGAUUAGUCUGCUAUGAUAAGAACACCGAGUGCCAUCCAGAAAACAGAAAUCCUUCAGAUGGAAAUAACUUUUCUGAGAAAGAUGACCAUGUUUACUUUUGGGUCCCUUUGCUUGCUGGUUUAUCAAAAUUGACGUCUGAUCCGAGGCCUACAAUUAGAAAAGGUGCUUUAGAAGUACUCUUUGACAUUUUGAAGGACCAUGGGCACCUCUUCUCGUGCACUUUUUGGAACAGUAUCUUCAAAUCUGUCAUUUAUCCUAUAUUUAGCAAUGCACGCAGCAUACUUGAUGGUCAGGUCUCUCCAAUGCAUAACUCUGAAAUCCUUGAGGAAGAUUCCUGGAGUCCAGAAACUGAUGCCGUGGCAGCACAGUGUUUAGUGGACUUAUUUGUUAAGUUUUUUGAUGAUGUGCGUUCACAACUAGCAAUGGUUGCAGCUAUUCUCACAAGUUUUGUGAAAAGUUCCUAUCCACAAUUAGCCAGCAUAGGUGCGGCUGCUUUACUGCAUUUGACAGGACACCUUGGAAGCAAACUCUCAGACACAGAAUGGAAGGAGAUUCUGUUGCAUUUAAAAGAAGCAGCUACUCUGUUAUUGCCUGUAUUUUCAAGAAUUGUCAGAAUAAUGCAAAAUAUUGAAAUUUCAGAUAAAACUCAAGCUUAUUCUGAUGCUGAACAGUAUUCAGAUCAUGAAUUUGUUAACGAUGAGGAGGAUGCUAAUAUGGAGACCGCAUCUUAUGUAGCUGUAAGACUGAAGAGUCACAUAGCUGUGCAGCUUAUGGUUGUACAGGCUGUUAUGAAGUUGUAUGAGGUACAUCAUAGAAGCUUUUCACCAGCCCAUAUUAAUAUUCUUUUGGAGAUACUCUCAUCAAUUUCAUCACAUGCAAGUGAAGUGCAUUCAGAAACUGCCCUACAGCUGAAAUUACAGAAAGCAUGUUCCCUCUUGGAGAUUUCUGAACCCCCGGUGGUUCACUUUGAGAAUGAAUCUUACCAGAACUACCUCAAGUUCCUGCAAAGUCUACUAAAUGAUAAGCCAUCUCUGUCAGAAGAGUUGCGCGUAGUUUCCCAAAUAGUGGCAGUUUGUCAGAGAAUAUUACAGAUAUACUUAAAUUGUGCUGGAUACCAACCAAAGCACCAGAAUCCAAGCAACGGUCCAUCUUUACGCUGGAUACUUCCUUUAGGUUCAGCCAGGAAAGAGGAAUUGGCUGCUAGGACUAACUUGGCUGUGUUGGCUCUGCGGGUGUUGAGCAGCUUGGAGAGAAAUUCAUUCAAAAGAAACUUGCAAUGCUUUUUCCCUUUAUUAGUUAAUCUUAUUCGUUGUGAACAUGUCUCUGGAGAAGUACAGCAAGUGCUAUCAGAUAUAUUUCAGUCAUCAAUAGGGCCAUUAAUAUUGACUUUGUGAUAUUUAUGCUAAUAUAUAUUUCAUUCUUUUCCCCCUUAUAGUAUUGUUUUUUGA